ACCAGAUGGGCAACAUCAUGUCCGGGUACGACCUCGUCACCAGAGUGACAGGAGCAGAUGUGUUUGGAAUUACUGUACCUCUUAUUACCAGUACUACUGGAGACAAACUGGGAAAGACUGCUGGAAAUGCAGUUUGGCUAAACAGAGAAAAGACUUCUCCAUUUGAGCUGUAUCAGUUUUUUGUCAGACAGCAAGAUAAUGUAGUUGAAAAAUACCUGAAGCUAUUCACCUUUCUUCCUCUUGAGGAGAUUGCCCACAUCAUGAAGAUGCAUGCCCAAGAACCUGAAAAAUGGGGCCCUCAAAAACGACUGGCUGCAGAAGUAACCAAGCUUGUCCAUGGUAGAGAGGGGCUAGAAUCUGCUAAGAGGUGCACUCAGGCCCUUUAUUACAGUAGUGUGGAGGCACUGGAAGCUAUGUCUGACCAAGAGUUAGAGGAACUUUUCAGACAAGCUCCUUCUGCUGAAUUGAUACUUGAACCUGGAAUGAGUGUUCUUGACUUGUGUCGCAAAGCAAAUGCCAUUCCAGACGGACCUAGUGGGUACCAGAAAAUUACAGACGGUGGAGUUUCAAUAAAUGGGAAUCGUGUAACUAAUCCUGAGGCUGUUCUUAUUCUUGGACAACAUAUCCUCAAGAAUGGAGUGUCAUUACUUAGGGUUGGAAAGAAAAAUUACUACAUUAUAAAAUGGCUGCAGUUGUGACAACAUAAUAUCCCCCUGAAACAACAGAUCAUUUCAACUCUGUUGCUUGAAGAUGUACCUGAAGAUGUUUCUGUACUGGGCAUUACUAUGCAGCUCACAAACUGCCCAAUGCCAUUAGCUGCUUUUUCAGAAUGCACCAAGAGAGUUCAAAUAAAGGCAGCUAAGUGAUACUACUGAAGAGAUUUUUAGAUACUCUGCCUUAGUCAAAGCACCAUUCCUAAGAGGAUCUGCACAAGAAGAAAGUGAAAAGAUUGAUUUCAAAGUCCAAAGAUGAAGAUGUGCUUCCCCUCCUUUAAGAACC